AACUUUGGUGGUAGGCAAAAAAACAAGUACAAAUGGGCAUUACUUGUUGGCGCAACAGUACUAUCCGCGGUUGGUGGUUUACUGUUUGGCUAUGACACUGGUGUCGUUUCAGGCGCAAUAAUUCAAAUUCGUCACCAGUUUGCCUUGUCUUACUUUUACCAAGAGUUAAUCAUAAGUAUAACUUUAGUUGCCGCGGCAGUCGCUGCCUUAUGCAGUGCUGGUCUAACAGAUUGGCUUGGCCGUAAACCGGUCAUACUACUUGGCAGUGUGAUUUUUGCGGCAGGUGCGAUCGUGCUGGGUGUCGCACAAAACAAAGAAACACUCGUGAUUGGCCGCCUUAUUGUCGGCUUGGGAAUUGGAGUGGCCUCAAUGACCGUUCCUGUGUAUAUUGCGGAAAUCGCUCCUGGACAUCUCAGGGGACCUUUGGUUACCUUAAACACUGUGUGUAUCACCGGUGGUCAGUGUCUUGCAGGUAUUGUGGACGGUAUAUUCAUUGCUGAUUCGAAAAAUGGUUGGAGGUUAGUUUAUCAUGCUACUUUUCUCAAAUUGAGUAUGCAUAUACCCUAUUUUACACUUAUCGGGGUCCCAACAAAUCACAAUACAAUCAUCUAUAUAACAAGUUUGGUGAUUUGCUUGUAG